UCCUGAGGCGACUUCCGGCCUCGUUUCCCGUCGGCGCCGCCAUGUUCCUGCAGUGUUACCUGAACGAGCGCGGGGAGCGCGUUUACACCCUGCGGAAGGUGUCCCCGGCCGGGGUCCCCACGCGCUCGGCCCAUCCCGCCCGCUUCUCCCCCGAUGAUAAAUUCUCCCGGCACCGCCUGGCCCUCAAGCGCCGCUUCGGGGUUUUACUGACGCAGCGAGGCCGGACCCUGCUGUGAGAGACCCCGAAAAGCCCCUGAGGGGAGGAAGGCGGCGGAAUCGAAUCAAAUCGAGAUGCGAAUGGACUGAGCUGAAAUGGGACGGAAGGAAGUUUUUAAACAGAGGAAAAAUUUUUAAUUAUUAAAGGGUUGGGCUGUC